UUUGGCAGACGAAGUUUUGUUGGGGAGCCAAGAUGGGAGAGGUGUGCCAGGUAACGAAGUGAAAGAAACCAAAUAAGUGUCGAGAAUGACGAACGAUAGACUUUUCGAGGCUGCUAAACAAGGAGAUUUGACUUAUUUACAAUCUGUGAGUUCAAACUUUGACGAGAAUACCUGCGAUGAAAACGGAGCGAAUUGUUUACAUUACGCUGCCAGAGGAGGACGUCUUGAUGUGGUUGAAUAUUUAAUUAAGAAACGUAACUUCAGUGCAAAGAAAAGAACAAGAGUUGGAGCGACUGCCGCUCACGAUGCAUCUGCAACAGGUAAAACAGCGGUAUUACAGUGGUUGUUGAAACACGCUAAUUGUGUGGUGAAUGACCAGGAUGGCACAGGUGCAACAGUCGCACACCUGGCGGCCAGGUAUGGUCAUGGAGUGCUCAUUGAGUGGCUCAUGGACGAAACUGAUGCUGAUAUUAUGAUGAAGUCUGCAAGUGGUGCUCUACCAAUUCAUUUUGCUGUGUCCGGAGGCAAUAAAGAAGUCGUUGAUAUAAUUGUCAAGGAAACGCCCAGAACGGUGAACCUACAAAUGAUAAAUGGAGUAACACCUGUCUAUUUUGCCUGUCAGGGAGGAUACCUUGAUAUCCUCAAACUUCUGGUGCAGAAAGGAGGCUCCUUAAAAAUGAAGGCUUUUGAUGGAAUGUCUGGAUUGCAUGCAGCUGCUCAACUUGGGAGGCUAGAGUGCAUCAAAUGGCUGAUAAACGAUCAGAAGUGCAACCCUAAUGAUAGGGACUUUGAUGGAGCAAGUCCUCUCCAUUUCGCUGCCAGCAGAGGUCACUACAAGGUCAUUGAUUGGCUAAUGAAGGAAGGAGGGGCCAAGGUCACACUGGACAACCUUGGGGGAAGUCCAUUACAUAAUGCUGCAGAACUUGGUCAAUUACAGUGUGUACAGACCCUACUAGCCAAUGGUUGUAGUGCUGAUAUCACAGACAACAACGGCCUGACAGCUGCAGACCUUGCUGACAAGUGCUAUCACACCGAAUGUGCUAACAAGAUAAAAGCUCAGAUUCACCAUGACGAGGCUGGUUCUGUAGAGUCACAUCCAUUCAACACACCCCCAUCACCCUUGACCUCAACUGGUCCUCCUGACCCUGUGACCUUGAGAUUAGGUCUGCCAAACUCUGAUUUCUCCGGGGUAGCCAGGAACACAGCCACCCAUAGGAAAACAGACUCACUAGAGGUUUCCUUCGAUGUUGAGAGUGAUAAUGAUUAUGUAUCCUCUAUAGACUUCCUCGGCCAUCCUGACAUACACCUCCAGUCUCAGGAGACUGGUGAAUGUGAAUCUAGUGUAUGCUUGUCCGACAAGUCACAGGAAUUCAGCGAAUGUGAAUCCUUAUUGCAUCGUCAACUCUCGCAGCCUGACCUAGAGUUAUCUCCCCCUCACGAUUUUCCUACUGGUGAGGCACCGUGUCAUACAUCGGAUAGUGACAUUUCUUCAGUGCCACCUCAUUAUCGGACAACAAGUGAGUUCUCCUGGAACUCCCUUCGACGAAGGUCAAACAGUGACCCAUCGUCUCCACUACAGCACAGAUCAGGUAGUGAUGCCUUGUCAAUUUCCAGUUCUUUGAGUUCUGUAUCUCAAUCAGCUUCUCAGCCAGAGGACUCUGUUGUUUCUGUGUCGGGGUCAUCUUUGCGACCUCCGUCAGUCGUUAAUUUUGCUAUAUCUCAUCAAGAAGAACUAUUCAAAGCCAUCAGAGCCAGAAGGAUGGAGUCGGAAGUGAAUGUAUCCAGUAAUGACCUUGUGAUUCAAGAGAAGACAACAAUAAACGGAGAAUCAGACAGUACAAAGGAAAGUUCUGAAUCGCGUCGUCUGUCAGACAGUGGUUUGGAGAGUGGGGCCGGGUCAGUAUUACCUACAGAGAUGUCCUCCACUGAAACACCUGUAUAUCUCGCACCACCCCUACCUCCUCCUCCCCCUCCCCCUCCACCGCCAGCUACAGCUCCACCCCCACCUAACCACGCCCGCCUCAAUGGGAUCCUACAGCAGCUUGAAAGGCCAAAUAGUCUGUCAAUGGAAAAGUCUGCGCAAUCAUCAACCAUGUCCAGUCCGCCCAGCUCAGUGACCAGUCCCAUGACAGCCGGACCAGUCAAGCAUGACCUCAUAGCCGAGCUUAAGAUAGCUGCAGCUAGUGGGAACUCCAACCUACGAAAAACCCGUAAACCACGGGAGGACGGUCGAAUGACUUGUAUAUAUUCGUUUGGAUCAAGUGAGAAAGUCAAUGGUCAAAUUUCCAGUGGCCCAAAAGCUCAUGGUCCAUCUAAUGAUGCUAUGAGUGGUCAGGUGACCAAAAAUGGACAACAUGACACUAACAGUGUGACCGAUAUGUCAAACGGCCAAGCUGAACCCAAGAAAUCACAGCCUCCUCCAGAAAAAUCCAUGGUCAUAAUUGAAGCAACGACACCUCCAAAAAGUGUCACUCCCCCUCAAAAUCUGUCAAAAGGGAACGUUCCUCCAAAGACAUCAAAUGGGGUCACUUCUUCUUCAAAGACUUCAAAUGGGGUCACAUCUUCUUCAAAGACCCCCAACGGGACUUCUACAAGCCCAGAACCAGUCAAAGGGACAGACACCUCAAAUGGGACAGAUCCGUUUGAUCCUAAGAAUUUUCUAGACAAAGUGGAUCCUACUGUACCAGACUGGCGGAGACACAUGUUGGCCAGAAAGAUGGCUGAAUCUGCUAAAAAACAGGCCGUGGAACAGAAGAAGAUUGAAGAGGAGGAAAAUAAAUACAAACAUUUGCCUGCAUGGAAACGUCAGCUAAUGGAAAAGAGGGAAGCUGAGGCUAAGGCUGCAGAGGCAAGGAAACAGGAACAAGAGGUCAGUCAGGCCAAGACAAUGCCAGUCAUAAACACUCAUCCUGUUGGAAAAUUGGCACCAUGGCAACUCGAGAUGAAAACGAAAAAGUUGUAACAAAAUCUUUGUAUCCAUAGUAAUGACAUGCACGACACGUAAGAUUUCAUUAUGAAGUUUCACUUGUUGUGUUGUACAAAACAGGCUGAAUCGCAUCCAUGUCAAAAACACUUAAAGUGUUCCUGUGCAGUCGGAGCCUGACAAGAAUUGGGAUCAUGAUAUAACUGACUUCCUUUGCACAGAUAUUGGGAAUUGUGUAAAUAUUUAUGAAUAACAGAGGGAGCAUUCCUCUUCCGACAAAAAAAAGAUGCAAUCUGUCAAAAUCAUGAACACUUCACAUACCUAACAUUGCUUACAUUCCAACUUUUCAUGAUGUUCGCCAACUUGGGGUGUCAUCAUGUUAAGUUUAUAAAUUAAUUAUGUGAUGUAUAUAUUCAAAUGUAAAUGCAGGGAAUGUGAAUGGUGGUGUGAAAUAUGCUAAAAAAUACUCCACAGUAUGAAUGAGGUGACUUGACUCACAGCAGCUCGAGAAUGCAUGAAGAGGGAUAAAAUAUAAUUAUGGCUACGGAUCAUCAAUGUAGUUAGUGUGGCCCAAACACUUUUAUUUACCUCUUUACCUAUUAUCUAAGGCAUUGAUGGUUUCCAUAUAAAUGGCUGAUUUUUUAAAAGACGUAUUUCUUAUAACAAGCUUAUUGUCAAACUGUCCAUUGAGAAUCCUGGUGACAACAAUCGAACAUUACAUGUUGUAAGGUGUGUAACUGUAUGAAAUAGUUUCAUAAAAUGGGUCCAUUAUAUCGAAACUUACAGAGCUUGACAUUUCAGAUUUAUAUUUCAAGGUUUAAAAUUGCAAUAAAUGUUGUAAAAGGAUAAACUUGUAGAAGUUUGGAAAAGGUGCAGCUAGAAACAUCUUUUUUUUUAAUUUAGUUAUAUCAGAUUCAGUGGGACUGUACGCUACUAAUGAACCAAUUAUACAUGAAAAAAAAAUCCCAGACAAUUAUUAUUUGAGCUGGUGUCUCCAAUUCAUUUUCGUAAAUUUGGCAAUCUCAAGUGUGAAUGAAGUUUUGGUCUACAAGUGGAUAUUUCUGAAGAUAUUUAAAAUUAUCUAAUGUAUUUUCUCUUGAGUUGAUAAAAAUAUAUUAUGCUGCAAUACAAUGUUUAAGCAACAUCAAAAUAAUGGUUUUUGUAACAAACCACAAUCUCCAGCAUCAAAAAGCUUCUGAUACUGAAGAACUGUAGUUCUCCCUGUUUUUACCUCUUGACAGGUGUGGAAAUGAUUAUUUAUUUUGUAUUUUUGUCUGUACAGUCUGACCAUCCUAUUAUGAUUUUUAAAUAUGAUAUUUUGUACAUUAUUAAACUUAAUUUAUAACAUGUUCACUAACAUUUCUCUAUCAUAUAUACUAUGGUUUUAUCCAAUCAGAGAAGUUAUUUUAGUUUUACCAAUCACACACUCUUUUACAAGAAAAGACGUUUCACAACAACUCCUUAUAAAGUUUUAGAGAGUUGUAUAUAAUCGAGACACUUUGAUUUUCGAUAUACAUCAGUGGAUUGCAUAGCCCGAGUUUCUUCUGGUCCUGACUAGUUGUCAGGGCCAGAGGAAACUCGGGCUAUGAAUUGCCAUGUACUUAGUCACAUGCCUUUGUAUAAUGAAAUACAGUAUAACUUGAUUUUCCUGUGCAAUAUAUGAUAAAUAUAUAAUAUAUUUAUAUGGUAUCUGUUUUAUGUUUUAUAAAGGAAUAUUAGAUUUGUAUUUGGACAAUCACUUCCUGUUUUAUCUGUGUCAUUAACAUAACGUAUUGGGACAUUUUGAUUUAUCAACAGAUUUUUAUCAAAAUUUAUGUACCAUCUCUUUACAUAAUAGCCUGGGUUGAGGAGUAGCUAUUAUUACCUCUAAUGCCAGGUAGUAUUUAUAACAGUUACUACUUAAGGUAGAUUUUCUAUGAUAUGGUAUAUAUUAUGGACCAGCUGUCUCAAGACAGGUUCCUCAAUACAGAUGGUUUAUCAAAACAAAUCUUAGAAAACUUACGGAUGAUAGAAAUGGACUACUAAGUAUUUCAAAAAAUAAUUAAAUGUCUUCCAAAUAUGUAUUGGUUUGAUGAAUGGAAUUCUCAUACUAUUUACCAUUGCAGUUCUAAUUGUUGAAUACAUUAUGUAUUUUACUUUGAAAUACAUUGUAUAACUAAAGGAGACAAGAAACCAUGGUGAUGGGUAAGGUCAUACAAAACACAUCAAAAGUUUGGUAUGUCGUUUAAAAUUCUUGUACGCUUGCAAUACAGAUAUCCUAAGGUCAACAUUUACUUUGGUGUGCUCAAAUCUUAAUGUAAAACAGACAGAUUAGAGCACUUGGCUAGAUUGUUCAAAACUUGUUAAUCUAACGACUUAUCCUUAUGGACAACACUAGUGGGACUUACUCGAGGCCUCCCUACAUGAAAUGGGCCCUUCAACAUCUCCACAUUGAAGAUACUGGUAGAUGAAGAUGUGAAACUCUCACAUUCUUGUAUGACAGUAAAGGUUACAUAACAUUGUCUGGCAAAGUUCAUAGGUAUAUCUGAUGUGUUUUUAUAGAUAUAAAAAAGAGAUGAACUGUAUGUACAUGUGUUAGUGUGGACCAUGGUAUCAUUAAACAUGUUAAUAAAGAGAUACAUCAAUACAUGAGAACAGUUUUAUACAGAUUGUGGUUGUGUAACGUUGUGUCCAGCUUUUAAUGGGGCACACUGUUGAAAGUUUAUUUUUAAAUUUCUAUUUUGAAAUGGAAAUGAUACAUGUAUAUAACUUUGAACAUUACAUAUGAAACUUAUGUAUAUCAUUAGUUAUAUGACUUUAAUAUAUAAAUAUAUGUAUUUUCUUCGUGUGCUUUACAUAUAUAACCAUGUACAUUACGUGCCGAUCUGUCCCAGAGUGCACCAGCGGAGUGCAAUGCCCUCUGGGACAGAUCGGUAUGCGAUGUACACAGUAUUAUCAGAAACUGUAACGUUAUGUACAAGUAUACCACUGAAACUGAGGUUACAUUCCUUCAUUGCUGCCUCUAACGACUUACAUGUUUAUCACAAUAUUCUGUAAUAUACCUGGAUAUGUAAUAAGGGAACAUAAUUUAAUGAAGAAUUUCAGCUGUGUAUUUUUAUGAUAUCAUUUUAAAUUGUCAACCUCAAGUGAAAAUGAAUCUUAAUUAGUGUGUUUGACUAAAUGACAAUUUUAUACAGUUGUCUUUAUUUGAGAAUUAGGAAUUAUUAAGAUAGCUUGUCCAAUAAUUAUACAUUGUAUAAGAGAUGAAUACAGUCAUCACUUCCUUAUUGGCUAAAGACAUCCAUACAUAGACUAAAUCAUACAAGAAAUAAUUUUAAUGAGGCUUGUCAAUUUUUACUGAGGCUUGUCAAUUUGAGCACAUGCGAUCUCCACCAUUGAAAUUUCAAGUAGAUGGAAAGCAGUAAGAAUAUUGAGAUCCCAAUUGUCUGGCAUGGAGACCAGUCAUUGUAGAGUCAGAAUUGACACAUUGUCUUGCCCAGCCUACAGGGACUCGAUGUACAGUACAUCAUAUGGAUAUUAUAUGCCUCUAAUCAUAGGUAUAGAUUGCAACUUACAUCCCCUUGAACUCCAAUACAUUGUUACAUUACAUAACAAUAGACAAUUUUGUUUUUAUAUCAAACUUGUUACUUAGUAAAUAAAUCAUGUGGAAAAUGUUUUAUAUUUUUGUCAUAUCCGUAGGAAAUACUGUUAUGUUAAUGGUAUAUACAAUAAUGUUACGUUAAUGAUAUAUCCAAUAUUGUUAUGUUAAUGGAAAACAGUGGAACUUAGUUAGUCUGAAUAGUAUUGAUCCAGAAAGUCAACAUACACACCACGUGAUACUUAAUCACAUGUUUAUAUGUGUUAAAUUGUUAAAAUGGGUUUUGUAACAACCUCUUUUGAACAACCAAGAAUCAUUUGUUAGUCUAUUGGUCUAGCUGAUUCGUAAGAUGCAUGGUUAUCUAGCCUGGUCAAUAUUUAAGUUCACAAAGGUCAAAUGCGUCAAGCAACUUAUAAGCAAUUUUUCAGAAUAUCCAAAAGGGCGACAGAAAGAAAUCUGACCACACAUGCAAAUAAAACCAUAUAUGUCUA